AUGCUCUUGGACAAUACCCGCGCCACAUCCUCCGCCUCGCCGGCCACAACGUCCAGACUAGCGGAAAUACACACCCUGAAUACAGAAAUCGCGUGGCUCCGCCGCUGGCUCAAAGUAACCACCGCUCUCGCAUCCGACGCUCCCCCCGACCUCCGUGGCGUCGCGCAGCGGAAGCUCGUCGCCAUGAGCGACCUGCUCGCUGACAGAGAAGCGAGACGGGACCGACUGGAUGUCGAGCAAUUCGGCGCCGCGAGCGACCACGAUGGAUACGCUACCGAGCCCGACGUUGAGGAAGAUGGCCGGUCCAGCGACAACGAGAACGACUACAGCGGCGACGAGAGUGACUACAGCGGCGACGAGAGUGGCUACAGCGGCGACGAGAGUGGCUACAGCGGCGACGAGAGUGGCUACAGCGGCGACGAUGACAGCGACGACGCGCAUGGUCAACUUCUGCCCGUUCGCCGACUUGUCUCGCCGCCGCCCCAGCACCGUGAGUAUCGCGUCAUAAGCCCGCCGCCAACUUUCCUGCAGAACCGAGCUACAGCUCGCUCAAGUCUUGAACAGCCGUCGCAUGUCGCCGAAUAUAGCAGCCAAGCAUCCAGAGACGAUAAUGUUCGACGAGGGGCUCGUACAGCGAUAUCCACCGCUGGCCAGUUCGUGUCGAACCGACAAGCAUUGAAUACAGCCGGACAAGGCGCCGCCUUGUCUCGCAACAACCUCCUCCAAUACGACGCACCUUCGGGCCGCGCCGACCACGUCUCAGCCCCACUUGCCAUAAGCGGCUACCGGGACGCAGCUGUGACUGAGAACCAGAGGGGAAAGAAGAGAGCACUGGAAGUCGAGGAAGAGUCCAGGAAGGGGCAUGCUGCGAACAAGUACGACGACGACGACGACGACGAGCGUCACCAGGAGAGUCGCAGGCCUAAGCGCGGCAGGCCCAGCCCAGUCCACCCAUCCUUCUGCCACUCGUCUUACCAUGUGGAGAACCGUGACCGAGUCCACGCGGCAAGUGUUGUCAACGUGCCGACAGCUGCGCCCGUCGCGAUUGCUGCUCCACCUGCCUCUAUGCCAGCCGCGCUGGUCGUUGCGCCGAUGCCC